GAAGAGCUCACCCCUCUCUUUUUUUCUACGCACCGGAACCACAGAAGUAUGGGCAAUAAGAAAAAAGAACCGAAGCCCGAACUGACAGACGAAGAGCUCUUUUCACAAAAAAUACGCAACGAGCAGGCUCGAGCUAGGGCAUUGGCGACGUGGUACAAUGCUGCGAGCAGUCCUGACGUCGAGGUUAGGCUUAAUGCGCAAGCCAGGCUUUAUCUCCAGCUUCAGCUUCGUAGUAUCAGAAAGGAGCGAGAUGCCUUGACAGAUGCACGGAAUACAUGCAAGGCGUCGGGCGAUACCGAAGGCGUUAAGACAGUGAAACAGAAGCUAGUUCCUAUUUACAAGAAACUCCAACCUUUAUAUCUCUUGAGAGAAGAUAUUGAGGCAGGUUCGAAAGCGAAAAUGGCAAGGAAAUGGGGAAAGAAGAGCGUAACGCUGGAAGAGUUGCUGAAGGAUGAAGGACUUGACCUACCGUCUGACUUUCCUGCCGACAACAGUCCCGAUCAGGCCGUACAAAGCAAUGAUACACAGCCUUCCGAUCUCAUAUUCUGCGUUGUACAAGGCAAGGUUGAAGCUGAAUCAUGCGAGAAGAAAGGCGAGGCUGCAACAAUCGAAUAUGAAACCCGUUAUCAGGAUCGCGGCACUUCUGCAUCGGCCAUCCUAAGCCAAGACAAAAAGGAGAUCUGGAACCGUCAUGAAGUGAUAAUGAAGUACUAUUUCGUCACGAUGGGCUUGGAAACGCAUGUCAUUGACACUCGAAUUUCCAUUCAAAAAAGCGCAUUUAUCUCGCAGGCGAAGCAUGAGAUCUUGGUCAAUCAAGCUUACACAUCCCUUUUAGAGUCAUGCUCUCAAAAGAAAUGUGUUCCCAUCGGUUGUGAUGAGUUUCUCUCUCCAACAGGUGGACUCUGGAUGCUAUCCUCUACCGAAUUCUGGCAAAUGAAUGAAGUCGAAAGGAACUGGGAGCAAUACAAACGGGCACCAGGUGGACAUCUGCGAGUUUAUACUAUCCUCGGGAAAUCACGUCUCCACCUUGACUUUGGGGAUUGUUCGUUUACCACCGAACCCAUCAUACUUCCUCUUUUGGCUUCGCCAUACCCACAGACGGUUUCCGCAUCUUGCGAUGCUUCUGGGCCCAAUUUUGAGUUUAACAUUUCUUUUUGGGGGAAUGCUUAUCUCAAGAUUGAGUUUCCGGUUCACUGUCUUUUCUCGUCGAAGCGCGGAUACGAAACGCUUUCUUCCACGAAAACUCACGUGGAGUUUGCUGGAGUCUUCGAUGGCAUUUUCUAG